AGCCCUCUUGGCUCCACCUUGUUUAGUCCCGUGCCAGAAGGGCACCUGAGAGGAGUGGCUGUACUCUGCUGCAGCAGUCCGCCUCCUCUCCACCGUCCCAGCGGCUGUGGACAUGGCACCUUGUUCCCAGGGGCUGCCUGGCCCCAGCUGGGUGGGCUUCCUGCUGCUAGUGCUCUGGCCUGUGUCAGCUGUGGACAUUUACACUCCUAAGUCCCUGGAAGUCCUGAAUGGGACAGAAGUGCGCUUGAAAUGCACCUUCCGCAGCUAUUCCACAGUCGGGUCAAAGUUGACAGUGUCCUGGCACUUCCAGCCUGAGGAACCUGGCAGAUCUGAGUUUGUUUUCUACUACAGUGAGGAGCCUUUCCCGCCGACAUCAGGUCGCUUCAAAGGCAGAGUCACAUGGGAUGGCAACAUCCACAGGAACGAUGGCUCCAUUAUCCUUUGGGACACCAAGCCCAGUGACAACGGGACCUUCCAGUGCCACGUGAGGAACCCGCCCGAUGUGGACGGUCCGACUGGCGAGAUCCAGCUACGUGUGGUGACGAAAGUGACUUUCUCAGAGAUCCACAUCCUAGCAUUCGUUAUCGGCGCUGUCUGUUUUCUGAUGAUUGUCAUCGUUGUCGUGGUUGUCAUCUGCCGCUCCCGGAAGAGAAGGCAUGGAGAUAUGGAGUCAGAAGUGGAGGAGACAGAACUGUCAGAGAAGGAGAAUUCGAAAGAGACAGAGAAGCACUUGCUAGAAGAGGGAGCCUAAUGUGCCCGGUCUACUGCCCACCCCCAUAGGAGCUGGAGGCUGGUUCUUCAGAGUUCUGGAUCAGAGAUGGCGGAUGCCACAAGACAGCUGUCCCUGAUUCCCUUGCCUUAGAGAAGUGCAUCACCACUGUUAUCUUCAAAGGCCCUCUGAGGCUGCAGCUCUUGGUGGAAAGACCUUAAGGCUUGGCCUAUAGCAGAGUGUGGCGGUUCCUAGUGAUGCUAUAGUGUGUGUCUGGAGGGGUCAUGGGUGGCUCCCCAGCCCUGACCUGGUGCAUAUCUGUGGGGAAUUAUUCCAAGCAAACAACUGUCAGAAAAGGCGAAGACUCCAACACACAGCCUCUUUCUCAACUAGGACUAUGCCACUCUUGCACAAAUACAGUCCAACUUUCUAAGUUUUUGGGGAGCUCAGCCUGGCUAGACUCCUGAGGCUUAAAGGAUAAUAAUAAUAAUAAUAAUAAUAAUAAUAAAUUAUUUGUACCCAUAGGAGAAGCCCUCCCUACCCCUCCACAGCUAAACUGUUAAGCAGAGAAUAGAAUCAUAGAGUUGGAAAGAACAAUCAGUCCAGCCCCCUGCAAUGUGGGAAUCUUUUUGCCCGAGGUGGGGCUCAAACCCACAACCCUGAGAUUUUCCUGCUCUGCCAGUUGAGGUGUUGCUCAAGAGUCACAGCCCACAGUGCUCCAAUCAUCCUAUCACCAGCAGUUCAGUAUCCACAGUAGCUCCAAUAACUGUAGGGCUGGUCAACAUUAUGAGCCCAGGAAGAAAGAAGCUGAUGAUGGGUGGGGCGUCUGGGUUUCUGUUUCUUCACAGUGAGCCAUCACCAUCCCUUUCCCUGCACACAUUGCACCCCAGGCGCAAGCCAAGAUUCUCUUCCUCCUGGAAUUCUGGAGAUGCAAACUGACUUGUCCAAAUGCUGCGACAAACCCCUCCUCCCUCAGAAUUUGCACCCAGGGCCAUUUGCAAUUCAACAGCUUUCAGGACUGGAGGCUUUUCAGGAAGCCUCAGCCAGCCCCCCUCUGCGCUGUAUAUUUAUUGUU